AUGCCUGCUGGACGACCCCCUCAGUACACCACCGAUGACGAGCGCAGAGAGGCCGCACGGGCCUCCAGAGCUCGAUACUAUCACAAGAAUAGAGAGGUCGAGUGCGCGAAGAUGCGAGACAAGUAUCAUGCCAGGGUCAGUCGUGGAUCAGAUCAUACGCCUACUCGAGCACCAGACAGAGCGCAAGGACAAGUCGCUAAAGCGUCAGUACCAGUCAAACGGCACGAUCUCACCAAGAGGAAAGUACCCUUCGGAGCAUCUCGUGUUCCACGGUAUGCUUGUCGUAACGAUCUCACGAUACGUGUCAUGCUCACUCAUAUCGCUAACACUGCCGCUGCCAUCGCCAUUAUGGAGGAGGAAAUGUUAACAAUCUUCAAUGGCAACCCGUCACUCUUCCUCAGAGAGAUUCGAUCGAAUCUGGCCGCAUGCAAGGAUAAGUCCGAGGGUGACCGCGUCAUAUCGUGUCUCGACGAAACGCUGGAGAGCGUGUCUCUUAUCCAUACAGAGAUAUCAAACCUCUUGGCCGAUGUCCUCUGGAAGGGCUCGCCUCAUUCACCUGAGUACCAGCGCGUGGAACAAGCUCGAGGACGAGCAACAACAUGGUGCAUUCGCCUCAGUGGUGCGACUACGCGAGUGAAACAGAGGCGGUGCCGUCGAGUGUUAAAGUGGGCGUCUCAUGGCCCCAUUAAAGCGGUUGCGGGGGCUAGGACACGUUCGUAUGUCGAUGAGGGGUGCAGUUAUCCGCAAUCCGCAACAUCUGGGCGUCGAGGCCCCCCCGAACUUUCAUUACAGACCCUCACUUUCGGAUCGGGUCGUACACCUGAGUCGCGGUCACCACAGCCGGGUAUAGUUUCACAUGCGAUGCUCGCUAUCGCUAGAUUGCCACAAGGUUCUUUGUCAAUGGCGACACCCGACCUCACUUAUGACCUUGUCUGCCAUGCGUUUCAUCUGCGUACCAUGCCUCCCAAAUCUAAUGUUUCCUCUCAGAAAAAAAAUGACUCAGUCAAACCGACGCGAACUCUUCCUGCGCGUCAGGCCACGAGUACUCACAUGCGGCCCAGGGUGGGAGCGGCAACUGAGGAGCAUCAAAGACCUGGGCCGCGUAUGAGGAAGCCAGGCGAGAAAUGCCUCUCGGCUGAAGAGCACGCUGAGCGGGUCGCAGAGCGAACGCGUGCACGGAUCUGGCCCAAUGACAAAGAAUCGGACAACCACGCUCGCCGACACUCGGAGAGGGGACCUCCUGCCUCGGUCAAUGAUGUUCAUCCAGAUGCCUCAUCCUCGGCCGAGCCAGAUGUCACCGAAGAUGGCGAGCGCACUGAGAUCACUGAGGGCUCCGUGGCUGUUGAUGCAGAGGAUGAUGGCUCGGGGUUAGGUCUAUCCUCUGCCCGUACCUUCGAGUCUGUCAAUGAAGAUGCCGACGAGGAACAACAUGUUAACGCAACACUUGGCGACGCAAUGAUGACAGGGGAGGAAACAGAAGAAGACGCACGCGAUAGCCACACGUCGCCGGCCCAUGACGCCGAGGAUCAUAGCGAUGGCGAUGAACAUUGUCCCGCACGUUCCAAGGGUAAAUCCCGCGCUAUUGAUGCGGACCUCGUGCCUGGUCACAGCGGUAGCUCAGCACCAUCUCAUUCCGACACCGAAGAUGAUCCUGACUUGGCCACCGGUGGUUUGUCUGACUGCCUCCCAGAGGAAGUACGCGCCAUGCCUGCCUCCUCCUCAACCCGCGAUACACCUGCCUCGGCCACGUCUCAUCCGUCAUCAUCGCGGAUGCCCGCCAACAUUCACCCCGCCAAGAAGGUGAAGGGGAGACGCUUCGUCGACUCCAGCAAGACGGGUCGUUGGUCUCAUGAGGAACGUCAGCGGCUGGACGAGUUUAAGGCACGGUGGGAAGAGGGCAUGGACACACUGGUACGACUGACAGGACGAUCUCGUGCUGCUGUCUCCGGCGCCUUGGGGCUGAACCUAGUGGGCUAUCGUUGCGAUAGCAUGUGGAACAAGCACCAAAAGUGGUGGUGGGCUACUCAGCGCGGUUCGGAAGAGUCGCCCGAUGACGCGCGCCCGCGUUGCACAGCCGACUACAACUCUCGCGUCGAAAGGUCCACCGUCCAAGUCGACGACCCAGAAGCGCUGGAGGACGAAUGUGCUUUCGACGAAGAACAUGAGGUAUGGGAGCCCAUCCUGUCAUACUGGUCAGAGCAGCGCAAUCCGAAUACCAUGUCCAGCGACGAUCACAUGGCGGUGGUGGACCAGUGUGUUAAGGAGUUUAGCAGAGCGGCGGCUGUGUAUUACUGCCUCUUCGGCAUUUUUGUCGGAGGGUUCACCAUUACUAUCACUGACGAGGCGUCGCCGAGGUGCCUCAAUCAAGCGUGGGGGGGAUCCGAGAUCGUCGAGGACCUCAUCAGCUCUGAACAUGCGAAUGUUCAAGCCAUCAUUCGUAAUGUCAAGCACCUUAUUGAAGCCAAGGUUUGCGGGGAUGAGACACCAACAAUACCACUUCCUGGUUCCCUCGUGGAGGAUGAAGACGCCCGACUCAAAACGGUUCUUCAAAGUGGGCACAAGGAGGGCAAGCACGACCGUCUGCGGCGUCUGGCUCGAGUCCAGUUGGUUACCUACCUGGCGCCUUUUGGGAUCACUUUUAUUGGCGAUAAUGACCCGAAGACUGCCAUCGGGAGACGCAAGAUGACAUGGCUCGGCUAUCGGGGCAUACUCUACGACAACAAACUCAAAUGUAUCAACUACCCCGCCGGUGUCCCGCUCCCUGGUAUCUUCCAGCCUGGUCAACUCGGACUUCACGAGCUGGCGCCACUCGUCGGUCCAUGGAUGCUGCAGCUGCACAAGAAGUGGUACCGCGAUGCAAGGUCCAAGGCGCGGGCCGCUUUAGAGGCGAGCGGGGUCAAUGUCCCGCCAGACGACGACGAUGAAGAUGACGAGAACAACUUUGGUGACGUCACCACGGAGGAUGGAAAGGUCAAGAAUAAGUAUGGUUACGAUGGGCCGAAGUUGCAGAGCACCGUGGUGAUGCAAGUCGUGGAAAUGACUGAUGCGGCUAAUUGGUGUCUAGAUGAGAGGGCGUUGUUAAGCAGAAAUGAAGACCACCGUGUUCCCCUGGUCGUCGGUCAAGAUGGACGCGUCAAAGUGUGGGCAAGCCAGCUCAGCGCAGAACGUACGAAUGUGGUCUUGGGUCCCAGUACGCAAGUUCCGCUUCGUCGCCAGAGAUCGCCUUCUCCCCAUCAGCAAUCGCCUACGCCCCCUCUUAGUCUUCCAUCGCCUUCUCCGCCGCCGCGAGGGUAUGCAAUGUCUGCAUCCCCGCCUCCUAGCUCACGCGUCACUAUGUCGCCUUCCCCCCCGCUCCACGCUCGUAAUUUCUCUCCUUUGCCGCCCCCUCGCCGUGCGCGCGCCAGGUCUCCGUUGCCACCUCCCCGUGCUCGUGUGAGGUCCCCUGCACCAGUGCGCGACAGGCCGCACCCACGUCCCCGAACGCGUGUCAUAUUGCCCUCGCCCCCUCCUCGGCAUCACACCCGUGCACGCGUCAUACCUCCUUCACCUCCUCCAAGUCAGCCAAGAACAGUGGCACGCCCUGCUGCGCGACCGAGUCCCCCACCCCGUCGCCGAGAUCCUCAGCCUUCUCGGGGGGUGGAUAGGGGCGUCAUCACAAUACCAUCAUCAGAUUCGGACGAACCGAUCUACUUGGGGCGCCGCCAGGAGCCAAAUCAUUCCCAAGCACGAGUGUCGCCUGACACUGUAGAGCGGGCCAAUCCCACUACCGAUGAGAGGACACCUCCACCUCCUUAUGUCAGCCACCUUCAAGAUCGCAUGGUCUCUCCGUCAUCUCUCCGACCUCUGGACGACGUUCGAGGUAAUUAUGGUUCAGUGUCGCCAGUUCUUCAUCGCGAGCACGGAACCCAUGUGUUACAUACACGUCGCGCAACGUACUGGAGGCGGGGCCUUCACGCACGCGAACUGCAAUUUCGUCAUCUUCCCGCGACCACCACACUCAUCAGGAUCGGCGUGCGCACUGUCAUGACAACGGCCCUACAUCAUCACGCUCCCACUAUCUCGAUCAAGUCGCCGGGCCGUCGCGUCAGGUCGCUGGUUCGUCCCGUCAGGUCGCUGCGUCGUCCCGUCAAAUCGCCGGCCCGUCUCGUCAAAGGGAUCAGGGCGCCGGCCCGUCCCGCCAUCACCAGCCUGUUGUUGACAACCACCGGUCCCAUCGCGACCAGAGUCCGGGGCCAAUACGCGAGUCUUCCCCUCGCCCUUCGCGCCGUAGGCGUUCUCCGGAUCCAAGGACCGAGUCCUCGCGUGCUCACAAGCAACCAAGAUAUAGGUAUUAAUGACCACGUAGUUCUUCUCGUUUAUGGUAUCGGAUGUGGGCAAGAGGUAGAGUGGGGGGUGUUCAUGGAAGGUUGGUCAUUCUUUGUGACUACUAGAUCUAUCGCAGUGGUUAUCCACGUUAGUGCAUUGGAUAAUCCCGUGUGGGCCUUGCAGGGAUCUCUGUAG